AGAGGUGUGCCCACCCAAACAGAAGCACAUGCAUUUUUACAUGAUUUCUCUUACUUAUCUGUCAAAUUGACUUUACAGCUGUACAGGAGGUUCAAACUUCCGUGUCCUGUCACGUCUUCUGUUCGGGGUAAAGAGUGGAACGUUGAUCUUAUCCCCAAGUUUUUCCUUGCCAAUGGUGACCUGGUGAAAAUGUUGGUACUGACUGACGUGACUCGCUAUCUGGACUUCAGAGUGGUGGAAGGGAAUUACGUGUACAAAGCAGGGAAACUGCACAAGGUCCCCGCUACUGAGGAAGAAACGCAUACUUCAGAUCUGAUGGGCAUGUUUGACAAGAGGAGGUACAGGAAGUUGUUGCUUUUCGUCCAGAACUUUGACGUGAGAAAACCUCGCACACAUCAGGACAUCGACCCAGACCAAACCACAACCCGAGAUCUCUUCUGUCACUUCGAUCUCGGACUGGACGUUGUGGAGUUCAUAGGUCAUGCCAUAGCCUUGCACAGCAGCGAGAGUUAUCUGGACCAACCCUGUGUGGAGACCAUUAAGCGGAUCAGAUUGUAUGCCGAGUCUCUGGCUCGCCACAACACCAGCCCCUACCUCUACCCUGUGUUUGGAUUGGCAGAACUACCGCAAGGAUUUGCAAGAUUGAGCGCGGAGUACGGAGGAACUUUCCUGCCUCACCAAACGGUGGAUGAGAUUGUGUUGGACAACGGCAAAGUGACAGCCGUCAAAUCUGAAGGGAAGUUGUUCCAAUGCAAACAACUUAUCUGCGACCCCAGCUACGUCCCUCACCGAGUGAGGAAAGUGGGGCGAGUCAUCAGGGUCAUCUGUUUAUUAAAUCAUCCUGUGAAAAGCACACAGGAGGCCAAAUCAUGCCGGAUCGUCAUCCCUCAAACACAACUCAGCAGAAAGUCUGACAUCUUCAUAUCUGUCGUGUCCUACGCGCACAACGUGGCCUCGGAUGGGUUUUAUAUUGCUACAGUGAGCACAGCUGUUGAAACCACCCAACCAGAGAAAGAAGUGCAGCCAGGCCUGGACCUUCUGGAGCCCAUCAUGCAAAAAUUUGUUUCAGUCAAGAAACUGCUUGUGCCCAAUGAUGAUGGAAACAGGAGUCAGAUUUUUGUGUCUCGCUCAUAUGAUGAAACCAACCACUUUGAGAGCGAGUGCGAGGACAUUAAGGACAUGUACCGUCGUAUCACUGGCACCGACUUCUGCUUCAACUCACAAAGGCAUCCGUCACGCAGCUCAGAUGAAGACUGACCUUUUCAUCAAUAAGGUAGACAGCAGAGGGGGGAAAUUGUUUCAGUGGAUGUCACCAUCUCUGCAGCCAAGGGGACACAAAAGGGAUUGAAAAGGCCUCCCUGCCGAUUUGGGCCCGGCGCACAAAGCCUGGCGUCUGGCGAUGAGAUGAAUGCGGAGGAUUAAUAGAUUCUGUCGCAGCUUAUGUGUGACAAGGACAAAGCCGUUGAAUGGUGUCAUGUGCUUCACACACACAGUGGUGCCGCAGGGCAAGCGUAAGAGGCUUAGGCAAGUCAAGGACAGUCGACACGAUCGACUGAAGUAGCGACCGAGGUAGAAAGGUGGACCGCACCUUUGAUGAAGCAUCAGUGGGUUUCGUCUUCGUUGUCCUUUUUCACGGGAUUCUUAUUUCUGUCUCUUCUCCUGAGACCUUUUUAAAUAGACAUGUUGUAUCUUCUUUUCAAUCAAGUUACCCUCAUGAAUGGCCUAUAAAUCGUUCAAAAAUACAUUCCUUUUUAUGUGA